AUGCAGAGGGAAACAAGAAAUGGGAAUUUGCAAAGAGGUUUUAUUUUAACAGCUGCUAGGGUGUUUCUCGCCAAUGCAUAUUGCGAUGACAUUAAUAGUUACUUUCAUAGGAAAGGCUCAAGGUCAACUUGGGCUGUUCUGGCCGCGUAUUCCGAAAACAAUCUCGAUAUUGUCUACUGGGAUACUUUUAGUCUUGCAACGAAACAACCAUCUUUAAUUGCCAAAGACAAUCUGAAGAACUUUUACAUACAGUUCGCGAUACGUUCGCCCGAGAUGGUGUUGAGUGAUUCCGAGAUCGCUAAUGCUAGUAAUGCGGAGGGAUAUAGAAGAACAUUACAGCAAGCUGCUUUCGCUGUUGGAUUCGCAUUAUGUUUGCGAGCAAUUCAAAGUAUAACGGAGGGAUUAGAGGAUAACGUCGCUCAGAUGUUUAUUACGCCAGCAUAA